CGGCGGAGCGCCCUGGAGGCGGAGCGGCGGCGCGCGGGCGAGCGCGAGGCGGCGGAGCGGCGGCUCCGGCAGGCGGAGUUCAUCCAGAGGGUGCGGGCGAUCCACGACAGGCGCCGGGCGAGUGAGGCCGCGGAGAAGGCCCAGCAGCGCGUCAGCCUGUCGCGGAGGGGCUCGGCGGGCACGGCUGGGUCGGCCCGGGCACAGGCGUGCAGCCAGCUCGACGCCUCCUCGGCGCACAGCACGCCGAGGGGGCCGCCGCCGCCGCCGGGGGGCGCCGCCGACGCCGAGGCGAGGCUCCGCCCCGCCAGCUGGCUCCUCGAGCCUCCGGAGGAGGCGGCAGCCGAGGAGAGGCUCCGCGAGGCCGUCCGCCUCGCGCGGCUGCGGCUGGAAGGCCUCGGGCUGUCCCAGGCGCGCCGGUCGCAGGAGGCCGCGGAGCUGACCCAGCUGCUGUCGCUCACGAAGGACUCUCCAAACUGCCGGCGGUGCGACCUGCUGUCGACGGACCUGUCCAGCAUGCUGCGGGCGCUGCGGCGGACCUGCGCCGCGGCGAUGGCCGCGCAGCCCGGGUGUGCGUGUGGUGGCCCGGACGGCUGCGGCGUGGUCCUGCGCGAGCUGGCCGAGGCCGUCGGCAACGUGUCACGGGUGAGCGAGUACUCCGGGCUGGAGCGCCUCGCUGCGCACUUGAGCCGCCAUUCGGCGCCCGGGGGGGCUUCCCCGCCAGAGCCUCGGCGUGCACGAGAGCGUCCAGCGAA